AAUAGUUAUAUGAAUAUAUUAUUACUAUUAGUGUGUAGCUCUUUUUAUAUUUAUCGAGGAUGUAAGUUUUUACCUUCAAAUAAUUUCUGAAGGGGUGGGAGGCCAUAUGAUUUUAUCGCCCCUUAUAUUUUCUAUAUUAUUUUAUGUGUAUUGUUUUUCUGACAUUUUUGCAUCCUCUGGAGAUGAAUUACCUGCAUUUAAUAAAUGCGCUUAUCUAUGUUUUCAACAAUUAUGUACCACUUCAAAAAUUGAAAAAUUCAAUAAGAAACAAUCCUGGUAUAUGAAAGUUUUACUAUGGAGCUGUGAAAAUGAAUGCAAAUAUAUAUGUAUGCAUAGAGUAAAAAUUAAAUGUAUACAGAAAAAAAUUGAUAUACCUCAAUUUUAUGGCAAAUGGCCUUUUAGAAGAAUUUAUGGUAUUCAGGAUCCAGCAUCUUUUGUAUUUUCAAUUUUAAAUUUUUUAACAAAUGCUUACAUGAUAAGACAGUUUGUUAAAUAUACACAUUCUUUAUCCCCAUAUUAUGUCAUUUGGAUAAUUUAUGGAAUUCUUUCAUUAUUAACCUGGAUGUCUUCAACUAUUUAUCAUAUGCGCGAUACUCAUAUAUCAGAAAAAUUAGACUACUUUUCUGCUUUACUUCUUAAUUGCUAUUUUUCUUAUACCUUUUUACUCAGGGCUUUUGGAAUGUAUCCAAUAUAUAAACCAGUGACAUUUGGUGUUUGUUUAUCUAGUCUUUAUUUAUAUCAUAUAUAUUAUAUGACUUAUAUAAAAUUCGAUUAUUCAUACAACAUGAAAAUCAAUGUAUUCUUGGGAUUGUUUGAAACAUUUGGAUGGUUAAUUUGGGCCAUAAAAGAAUAUAACAUUAGAAAAUAUGUAUGGCGAUGUAUAUUAUCUGUUAUAAUUGCCAAAGCAAUUUUACCAUUAGAGUUAGGUGAUUUUCCUCCACUUUGGGAUUUAAUUGAUGCUCAUUCUUUAUGGCAUUUAUUUUCUUUACCACUUCCAAUUAUAUGGUUCAAAAAUAUAAAAAUAUAAAAGGCAUCUGACCAAUGUAGCCCAAACGGACUAUAACAAGCUCUAAUAUAGAUCUCAAAUCAAUAUAUUAAAUCAUGUUUUGUGAUUCCUAAAGGGUGCCCUCAGUGCACUAAGCCUGAAAAUUCCGUUCCUUUAGAAAGAAAGAAAGAAAUCUGUUAUUCUUAUGCACUCUUCCAUGAAUGAUGUUUGAUACUUUUCCUCGAUUUCCUAUAAAUAAAUAUUAAUAUCACAAUCAUAUCAUGAUCCACUUAUUAUUUACCAUGUUAUCUGAAGCAUAGGAAAUCUUGAAUUUCAUCUUGUUCUACAAGGUAAGGGAAUGGUCACACCUUUAUUCGUAAUUUAUUUAUUAUUUUUGGAGAUUUUUAUAAUUUAUUCACAUUUUUUUUUGAUUUAUUUUAUUACUUGCACUUCAAGACUGAACCUAUUUUUUCGGCUGGCGCUGCAAAGUUAAGCCAAUUUUUGGCUCUGUGUUUAAGGUUGAACUUAUUUUUUUCGACUCACGUUUCAAGAUAACCAUUCUUUAGGGCACCAAGACUGAGCCGACUUUUCAGCUCCUACUCUAGCCCAAAUACUCGGCUAAUCCGUUUUAGAGUCGGCUUGAGUGGAGCAAUUUUGCAUUAGUAGUUUUGACCUAUUGAUUUUAAAAAGCAUUCAAAUUUGGUACAGUAAUAAAUGUUAGAAAUGAGGUGUGCAUGUGAAUUUUGACAAAGAAUAUGAUUAGUUAAUUAGCUUGAGUAGGGUAACCCGAACUCUUUUAAUUCUUUAGUUUUUACUGAACCCAAAUCCUUUUUUUUUAAAUUUAUUGUUCAAGAAUUGUUUUUUUAUUUAAUCCUAUAAAAUUUAAAAAAUACAAAUAAUAUUAUUGAUGAUAAAUUAUUUUUAUGGUGAAUAAUAAAUGUUAAAUCUGAGAUAACUCCCUAUGUCGGAAUUCAUUUCCUCUACACCACCGAGUAUUUACAUAAAAAAUAUAUACAUUCGUUCAUUACAAUGUCAUAUUUUUGCUAAUUUAAAUUAUAUAAAAAAUAGAAGAGAAUAUUUUUGGUUCUCUGAUUAUUAUGGGUAUUCAGUUUUCGGAGGAGACAGCAAGUUUUCUUAUUCUACCCAUAGAAUGAGUUAUUUGUAAAAGAACUGUCGAUCACAAGCUCCUAUAUUUAAUGGUUUAACAAUGCCAUGCUAGGAUUUUCGCUUUCUCUUGAAAUUAUUUCAUAUGUUCAUUAAAACAUAAGCGUAACUAUAUCAUUUAGUCAACAUAAGUUCUCAGCCGGGGAUUUGAGCACAUGAUCAUCGCAUCAUAUUCCAUUAUCAUUAUUCGAUGGUGUCAUAUAAUAUAAUUUUAAUUUUAGGAAUAAAUUUUUUUAAAAUUAUAUAAUUAUUUGGGCGAAUAUCUUUAUUAUCUUAAUGCUUUAAGUAAAUUGUUACAUUAUUUAAUAUUAAUAUAAUAUGAUUUUCAUAUA